UCGCCUCCUCGCUGAAAUUUGUGUGUCACAUGUUUGUUGUCUUGGCAUAAUGGAUCUGAGGGACGAUACAGCUGAGCGAACGCCGCUACUGCAGGAGCAGUCGGAUUCAUCGUUUCCUAGCUACAACGUCCAAGCCAGGGAUGAACUGCCACCGCCCUACAGUCCUCAGUAUGCUGCCCAAGGGAACAUUGUUCCAUGCCGAGUCUGUGGCUAUGUCAUCGACAUCACCAAUCGCCGAGACCAACAUGUGGUCAAGUGUUCUCGCUGUAAUGAGGCUACGCCAAUCCGUCAUGCACCUCAUGGCAAAAAGUAUGUACGCUGCCCAUGCAACUGCUUGCUGAUCUGCAAUGUGACAUCUCAAAGGAUAGGCUGCCCAAGAGCCAAUUGCCAUCGAAUCAUCAACUUGGCUCCUAGCACGACCAACAUUCCUCCUGCCUCUGUGCCUGGACUUUGUCGAGUAUCUUGCGUUCAUUGCCAGCAAACUUUUUUGUUCAACACGUUGAGCAAUGCUCUAUCUCGAUGCCCGCACUGCAGAAAAGUCUCAUCUGUAGGUCCCCAGUUUGCCCGCACGAGAGGAAUUUUGUCGCUUAUCUUGGCUCUGGUGAUCUUGGCAAUCACGCUUGGAAUCACACUUGGAACAUACCAGUAUGCUGUUGAAAAGAAGGGUAUUUACGUUGUCUACGCAUGUGGCCUGAUCGCAUUCCUCCUGUUCCUGCUUCGCUCUCUCUAUUAUCUCACCAUGAGGGUGUCGCACAUUGAAGAGCCUGCGUGAAGUUUGAGUUACCAUGGUGUUGUUGACAAGGCAUUGGAAGCCUUUUGAAAAUGGCUGCACCUUAUGCUCUGCUAUAUUAUUCCAAUAGCCGCUUCAUCCAGGUCUGAAAGCUGGAAGAAGUUCUACACUUUUUUUUUCAUUUUUCUUUGUGUGUGCUGCAAUUCUGUACAUAAUAGUUUGCUCUUAAAGCACUGGUAAGGUAGCUCUGUUGUGGGCAUGUUUUAGUUCUCACAGAAGCACCCACCAGAAGGCUGUGUGUUUGUGUUGCAACAUGUAUUGCUUUUCCUUAUGUAAAAUUUGUUUUGCUAUUAAUUUUCGAACUGAUGUUUGAAUGGGAAAUAAAAGCACUGAAUUUUCCCUGA